AUGCCAGAGAAUCCCAGAGAUAAGAGCAGUGCAGCGAACAGCGGCAAUCGUUCUGUACUUUCAAUUGCGUCUCCAACAAAACUGAACAUUUUAUCUUCGGAUUGGUCUAGAAAUCAAGGUAAAGUUUCUAAAGGAUCACUGAAACGAUCAAGUUCACUAAGUAUUAGAAACCCCAAACGAACUAGUUUACAAGCAUCUACGGGUUCUAUCUACGCAAGACCUAAGAUUACCAUUGGAGCACCACCAUUGAUCAGACGAGAUUCUUCAUUUUUUAAAGAAGAGUUCGAGGCUAAAAAAGACAAAACAAAUUUUUCUACAUAUUUGUCCCGUUCAUAUUCCACAAAUGGACUAGACAGUACAACUCUCCAAACAUCCUUAUCUCAACCGGCAACAUCUAGAGAUUCUGAUGAGCAAUUUACGGUAGCAGCAGACAGAUAUAUUCCAAUUCUACAGGGCGCUUCCCAAAACAAGGUCGAUCCUGAAACCUUGCAUGAAGCACUACCUCCUCCCAAUGCUUCCCCAAUCACGCAUUUGAGGGCUCAAACUAAAAUAGUCUUUAAACAAAGCGUAGCCGAGGCAUGCGGACUAGAUAUGAAUAGAAGAAUACUACAAUAUAUGCCUGAGCCACCAAAAUGCUCUUCGUCAAGGCAAAAAAGUUAUAUUAUGAAGAAAAGGACACAUUAUAGUUACCAGCAAGAACAAAAGAUUCCAGACUUAAUCAAAUUGAGAAAGAUCAAUACUAAUCCUGAAAGAAUCCUUGAUGCUCCUGGUUUCCAAGACGACUUUUAUUUAAACUUGUUAAGUUGGUCUAAGAAAAAUGUUUUGGCUAUAGCAUUGGACACAGCACUAUAUCUAUGGAAUGCCACUUCUGGGGAUGUGUCCUUGUUAACGGAUUUCGAAAAUACCACAAUAUGUAGCGUCACUUGGUCUGACGAUGAUUGCCACAUUUCCAUCGGUAAGGAGGAUGGGAACACUGAAAUUUGGGACAUAGAGACCAUGUCUUUGAUAAGAACUAUGAGAUCUGGCUUAGGGGUACGUAUUGGCUCCCUGUCUUGGCUAGAUACUCUAGUUGCAACAGGCAGUCGUAGUGGGGAAAUCCAAAUCAAUGACGUCAGGAUCAAACAGCAUAUCGUAUCUACAUGGGAAGAACAUACUGGCGAAGUAUGUGGUUUGAGCUAUAAAAGUGAUGGAUUGCAACUUGCCUCCGGUGGUAAUGACAACACCGUAAUGAUUUGGGAUACGAGAACAUCUUUGCCUCAGUUUUCAAAGAAAACGCACACCGCUGCUGUGAAAGCACUGAGUUGGUGUCCAUACUCUCCAAAUAUCCUAGCCUCUGGAGGUGGACAAACGGAUAAACAUAUCCAUUUUUGGAACAGUAUGACAGGCUCAAGAGUAGGUUCAAUCAAUACUGGAUCUCAGGUGAGCUCUUUACAUUGGGGCCAAAGUUAUAUGUCCACCAGUGGUGGCACAAUGAAUAAAGAGAUUGUUGCCACAGGGGGCAAUCCCGAGAAUGCAAUCUCUGUCUAUAACUAUGAGACAAAAUUCAAAGUAGCUGAAGUAGUUCAUGCUCAUGAAGCAAGAAUAUGCUGUUCACAAUUAUCCCCAGAUGGAACCACAUUGGCCACGGUAGGUGGGGACGAAAACCUAAAAUUUUACAAGAUAUUCGAUCCAAGGAGCACUGAAAGACCCAGGGAAAAAGGUAGCGUCAUGGAUGGUAUGUUAGGUAUGAUUGGCAAAGAAGAAUGUGGCGGAAAUGACAAAGAGAAUCGCUCCAAGAAUUCAAAUGAGAUCCAUACAGGACGGCCUUCUUCAAGUACCAGCCAGUUCUUGAUCAGGUAA